CAACCCUCAAAUCUGAUUUGCUAGUAGUCUAUCAUAUCAAGAUGUCAAAACCUACGGUGCUCUUCAUCUUCACAUCCGCUGAUACCCUCCUUAACGGAGCCAAAGUAGGGUGGUACCUUCCUGAAGCUGCUCAUCCAUAUUACGCUCUCACAUCAUCUGGGGAGAUCGCUGUUGAUGCUGCUUCCCCACUUGGUGGUACACCUCCAUUAGAUCAAGAAUCCGUCAAAAACUUUACCGACAAAGAAUCUGUCGACUUUUUGGAGAAAGAUGAGGUAGCGGUGAAGUUUUGGAAGAAUACGAAGAAGAUUAGUGAUGUGAAAGCUGAGGAUUACGCUGCUAUCUUCGUGGUUGGGGGUCAUGGACCUUUGAUCGAUCUCGCUACAGAUCAAGAUUUCAAGAAGCUCUGCGAAGAGUUCUAUGCUACUGAGAAGCCUGUCACUGCUGUCUGUCAUGGUCCGGCCGCUUUGCUUCAAGUAAAAGCUCCUAAUGGAGACUCCAUCCUUAAGGGCGUCAACGUCACGGGUUUCUCGGAUGCUGAAGAGGCUCAAACUCCGUAUGCCGACUAUGUGAACAUCCUUCCUUUCUCUCUGGAGAAGAGACUGAAAGAAGAGUCUGGGGGAAGGUACAAAUGUGCUGAGCCUUGGGCAAGUGAAGUUAUUUGGGAUAAAGGUAUUUUGACAGGUCAAAACCCCGCAUCCGCCAAAGGUUUAGGAGAGAAGCUCAAAUCGUUGCUUCUCAAGACGGAAAUGAAGGCUUGAAUGCCAAACGAGUGCGACAACCCUGAUAAUUCUGGUCUUCUGCCUCUCCGCAUAGCACGUUCUUGUACCCCUGAUGCAUUCACCUCACAUU